AUGGGAAGACCUCCUUGCUGUGACAAAACCAAUGUGAAGAGGGGUCUUUGGACUCCUGAGGAAGAUGCUAAGAUACUUGCUUAUGUCUCCAACCAUGGAAUUGGAAACUGGACCUUGGUUCCCAAGAAAGCAGGACUGAACCGAUGCGGAAAGAGCUGCCGGCUAAGAUGGACUAACUACCUCAGACCGGAUCUAAAGCAUGACAAUUUCACUCCCCAAGAAGAAGAGCUCAUUAUUAACCUUCAUGCAGCUAUAGGAAGCAGAUGGUCAUUAAUUGCCAAACGGCUUCCCGGGAGAACAGACAAUGAUGUCAAGAAUUACUGGAACACAAAGCUGAGGAAAAAGCUUAUGAACAUGGGAAUCGAUCCGGUAACUCAUAAGCCGGUGUCACAAGUCCUUUCUGACUUGGGAAGCAUCAAUGGCCUCCCAAGCACAGGAAACCAAAUUGGUUUAGCUGCCAACAAGGAUUUGAUGAACAAUACGUUACCAACCAGAACAGAACCAUCCACAAUGGUGGAGCAGACACAAGAGGAACAAGCUCAAUUUUGGGAAAAUCAGGUGCAAUACCAACAAGUCUUGGCCUCAGAAUGUGUCCAACCAAAUGUAGUCUUCAGCGAAGCUGCUUCGUCGAGUUCUUCGUCAUCAUCCUCCAAUCUCACUCAAUUGAGCUCCCCUCAGCAGUCAUAUAACUGUCACAAUUCUCAAAUAACUCCUCCUUGUUCCUCGUCGUUCGAUUGGAGUGACUUUCUUCAUGGUGACUCAAUCAUGUGGUCAGAGAUGCAGCAGUGUGAUCCACAGAGGGUUAUGUCAUCCAGUGAGGCAUUCGGCGCUGUUGCUUGCGGCGCAAGCAUGUGUGAAGGCCGUUCAAAUUCAGGGGAUUCAUUUGUGGAUGGUAUUUUGGACAGGGACAGUGAAAUAAGGGCAGCAUUCCCUGAACUUUUGGAUGAUGCUUUUGAUUAUUGA